AUAAUCGGCAAAUUGUUGAAUCGUAAAGUCGUACUUCUGCCAUGGCCUCAGCAGACACUGCUGGCUAACGACUAACAUCGAUUUUAAGCCCUAACCAAACCGACCCAAAAUAAAAUGAAAUGACUUGGAUAAGUAGGAUGUAUAAUUUAUCAUCGUGAAAAAUGGAGAAGGAAGAAAAUGCGGUUGAAGAACAUGAAUUUUAUGCAGCAGCUGCUAAAUAUUGGGAACAUGUACCACCCACGAUAGAUGGAAUGCUCGGUGGUUUCGGAUUUAUCUCGCAAAUCGACAUAAAAGGCUCUAAUAAAUUUUUAAAGGAUCUAUUUGAAUCAAAAACUCCUCCGUCAAAAACUUAUGCGUUAGACUGCGGUGCAGGCAUAGGAAGAAUAACCAAGAAUUUAUUAUUAAAUCAUUUUAAGCAUGUUGAUCUAGUAGAACAGAAUUCUAAUUUUCUAGAAGUAGCUAAAUCGUGUUUGAAAAGUUACGCUUCGAGAAUUGGCAACUAUUAUCCCACUGGACUGCAGAAUUUCUGCUUCGCUACAAAGAAGUAUGAUGUCAUUUGGUGUCAAUGGGUAUUGAGCCAUUUAAAGCACGACGAUCUAAUAGAGUUUUUUAAAAAAUGCUCGAUGGGCUUAAGGUGUAAUGGAUUAAUAAUAGUUAAGGAGAAUGUGACAAGCUCUGAGAACUUGGAGAUUGAUACGAAGGAUUCGUCAGUGACACGACCUCUUUCGGAAUUCCAUCAUAUAUUCCAGGAAUCGAAUUUAGUUUGUAUAAAAGAAGAACAACAACAUAAAUUUCCACGCGGAUUGUAUCCGGUUUACAUGUUUGCUUUAAGACCAAAUAUAUAAUGAAAUUAAAAUAUCCGAAUAAAUUUCAAGAUAUUUUUUA